GUCACUUUGAUUCAUACAACCGGUGGAGUAAAGCAGACCCCUCGUUUUCAUACCAGCUUUUUAUUUUAAAAACACAACUGCACAAGGUGAAAGAUAAACAACAUGGCUACCAACCCUCUACUGGCGAUGCUCCCGCCGAUAAUCAACGGGAAAACCCACAAAGAAUUAUUUCUGGAGAUGGAGGAAUACCAAAAGAGUACUGGGGUUCACAAUCUGAACGGUAAUAACUACAGCUGGGUUAUGCCGCGCGCCAAUUUCGACGCCAUCAAAACUUUUGAGGUCAGAGAGGAGGACAUUUUCUACAUCACAUUCCCAAAAUCAGGAACUCAUUGGAUUGGGGAGAUCAUAUAUUUCAUCCUCCACGAUGGCCGUUCAGAUUUCAACAGAGAAAACAUGAAGUCUGCACUGGAGACUACGCUCGUUAUGAACCCAUCAGAUGUUAAUAGUGGGGUACCGGGUUAUAAGACAUACGAGAAAAUCAUGUCUAACCCGAGGGUCAUACCUACUCACUGUCAAGUAGACCUGUUACCAACACGAAUGUGGGAGAAAAAGCCAAAGGUGAUCUACCUGGCCCGCAACCCAAAGGAUCUACUGGUUUCCUACUUCAACUUCAUCAAGUCUCUGCUUUCCCCGUCAUUGCAGACGUGGGAAGGGUUCAUCUUUCUGCUCAUGACUGGGCAAAUGAUUGGCGGUUCUUGGUUUGAUCACGUGCUUGGUUAUUGGGAGCAUAGAAACGACGAUAAUGUCUUAUUCCUCAAGUAUGAAGAUCUUCAUAAGGACUUGCCGGGAAAUAUUCGUAAGAUUGCAACCCACCUCGGCAAGGAUCUCAGCGAUGACGUCAUCGCAACCAUCGCAGAACACGUGACCUUCGGCGGGAUGCAGAAAUCUUACCAGAAAAUUGAGGAGGAGCAGGGUGAGGAGGGGAAGGAACUGACGAGAAUGUUUGGCGUCAUUCCCUAUCUCAACAAAGGUAAAGUCGGAAGUUGGAAGACCAUGUUUACGGCAGAGCAGAACGCCAUCUUCGACUUGCUCUAUGCAGAGAAGAUGAAGGGAAGCGGGCUCGACUUCGACUUUGAACUUUAGAAAGUAAUUAUUUUGAUCACUGUCUUAGAAGUCGGUUAGCUGCGUAUGUCUAUGCUAAGAGUGUCGCAGUACAAACCACUGGUAAUACUGACAAACCAUCUUAAAGGCAUGGACACUAGUGGUAUUUACCUAAAAUAAUUGUUAGCAUAACAACUUACUUGAUAACGAGCAAUUAA